AUGUAUGUCAUAGAUCGAUUGGCGCUGGACUCGAGACUUCAUUUAUCAAAGACUCCAAGUGACAAACGUCAACUUAUUCAAUACAUCGGGUAUUUAAUUGAUGCUGGAACAGGAACAACCAAGCAAUACUUUAUGUUGAGCAAUUUUGCACAUUACUCAGAAUGUCAAGAAAAAAUUGCCGACGAAAUUGAAAAAACUUUGGGUUCGGACGGGGUACCCACUAUGAUGCAUCGAGAUGAAAUGCCUUACACUUGUGCUUCCAUACAAGAACUAAUGAGACACCGAACUUUGGUGCCUCCUAGUGUAUUUCAUAAAACGAACGAAGAAGUGAUUCUCAAUGGAUAUACUAUCCCAAAAAAUACCACGAUCAGUCCAGAUAUUUGGGCUGUUCAUUUCUAUUCCAAAUAUUUUGAAAACCCUGAAGAAUUUCGACCUGAGAGAUUCAUCGACGAUGAUGGCGAAUUCAUCAAAUCAAAUCACGUGAUCCCAUUCUCCGUCGGUCCUCGUCACUGUGUUGGAGAACAACUUGCAAGAAUUGAAAUUUUCAUAUUCUUGGUCGGCAGCACAGCAAGCUGGCCCCUCAGUACCAAUCAAUUUGCAAGUACUAAAAGCGAUGAGGAUUGA